GGCGGAGGGCAGCACUCACAAUUAACGGCCAACUUGCAGAACGCUUCUGUUUCUGUUUUUUUCGACCAGCAUCGCGAUACUUGGCCGACAGUUGCCGUAUGGCCAACGCUCCGACCGCAAGUUGGUAAAAUGUCGACUCGGAAAGAGAGGAGGAGCUUCAAGCCGGCCAAUUCCCCAGUAGGUAAUCGCCGUCUGGCUGCAUUGAGGCUACUACCACAACUGCUACUGCCACUACUUCUGCUGGCCAACUUGGCCGACGCACUGAAGGCCGGGUCAUCAUCCAUCCAGUUGCCAACGGCCGACAGCCCGUCACUGAACAUAAACAAUGCGGACAGCAGUCUGGAGCAGCUCAUCGAGAUGCGGCUCAACGAGUCUGCCUCCUCGUCCUCAUCCGUCCUCGAGAGCCACUCGCAGGAGCUGUUGUCCCGGAAACGACGCUAUUUGGUAUUUCCGGAGGGCAGCUCCUUUCAGAUGGUGUACGACGAGAUUGUGGGAGUGGUGGACCACACGAACUACUUGAUCCUGGGCAUCACGGUGGCUCUGGCCUGGGAGCUGCCGAGCAAGCCGCCCAGCGAGGAGCUGGACGACCUGCUGACCAAGCUGGAGGACGGAACCAUAGACAUCAGUCGCAACGACACCGUGUCGAACAUAACCUAUGUGGGCGAUGCCUCCUCCUCCUCCUCCACGACGACGGGAAGGCCUCCGGACUACAAGCCCAACUACAUCAAUCUGUCGAGUUACUCGAGUGGUUCCUCGAGCGGCAGCAACUCCUACUACAGCUCAUCGCCUGUGUUCCGCACUCCGAUGCACCCAUCGCACCGAUAUGCCGACAGUUAUUACUCGCCCGAAGGGGGAAGGCGCAAGGACAACCACUACUACUACAGCCGGCCAGGGUUCAGUUCGAGAAACCCCUUCGCCAAGUGGACGAGGCCCUACUCGCCCGCCCAGAACUCACGCUAUCCCUACUGGGCACUCAACUCGAGGCUUAAAGAUCGCUAUUACAACUACAAAACCCAACAAGCAGCACCACCAGUGGCACAAAGAAGACAGUACAGCAGCACAACCACAACCACCACUCGCCCACCCACUCGAAGGCCGGCUCCUCGUCACCAUCGCAUAUAUCCGGUGUUCGGAAAGCGGAGCAUUCCGGAUGCAGCCAAUCCACAUAAACGUCAGCGACGCAGUGGAGUGGCUACCGAGCACGAGGACAAAAUAAGCCGCCUGGAGCAACUGCAGAUCAAACACCAUCGCAGAAGUCGCCAGACUUUGUACGAGCGAAUCGAGAAGUAUCUGGAUAAGCGGGGUCACCAUGGACACCACUGCGUUCUGAGGACCCUCUGCGAAACGGGCCAGAAGUCGGGGGAGGAGGAGCCCGGCACCUUCGUGGGCGAACUGAUGCGUGCGGUGUUCACCAUUCCGGAAGCCAUGGACAACGAGCCGGUUGCCUAUCGCGACUCCCACUACGACAAGGCCCACGCCUCCAAGCAGGACUGCGCCGUCCUCUACCCGGAGUGCAAACAGUCCAUGUGGCAGGCCCAGUUCAUACAGUAGAGACAGUAGAGACAAUAAAGAGAAACCCCCCUCCC